AUGACGAGUAAUCAAAUUCGUUUGAACUGUGGCAUUACAAUGCCUCUUAUGGGAUUUGGAACUUAUUCAUACCCAUUUAAUAGGAAGACCACAGAGCUCGCCAUCCUCAAUGCCCUAAAGGUGGGUUAUAGGCAUUUUGAUACUGCAAAGAUAUAUGGCUCAGAGGAAGCAGUGGGAUCAGCAUUGAACAAAGCAAUGCAAGAAGGAGUAAUUGAAAGAGAAGACAUUUUCUUGACAUCAAAACUGUGGGGAAGUGACCAUCAUGAUCCUGUUUCUGCAUUGAAGCAAAGCCUACGAAAUGUGGGAAUGGAGUAUUUGGACAUGUAUUUAGUGCACUGGCCUGUGAAGUUGAAGCCAUGGGUGAACUAUCCGGUGCCAAAUGAAGAAGAUUUUGAGAAAUUGGAUAUUGAGAGCACUUGGAUUGGCAUGCAGAAAUGCCUUGAAAUGGGGCUGUGUAGGUGCAUUGGUGUUAGCAAUUUCUCCAGCACCAAGAUUGAGUCUCUUUUGGAUUCCUCUUCUACACCUCCAGCUGUUAAUCAGGUGGAGAUGCAUCCCAUGUGGAAGCAAAGAAAGCUGAGGGAGACAUGUGGGGCCCACGAAAUCCACGUCAGUGCAUAUUCACCACUUGGGGGGCCUGGAAAUGCGUGGGGAUCAACGGCUGUUGUGGAUCACCCAAUUGUACAAUCCAUUGCUUCCAAACGCAACUCAACACCUGCUCAGGUUGCAUUGAGGUGGGGAUUGUCAAAGGGGUCAAGUGUGAUAGUGAAGAGCUUCAAUGAAGAAAGGAUGAAAGAGAAUAUGGCGUCACUUGAUCUGAAUUUGGACCACGAAGAUAUGUUUGAGAUUGAGAAAAUGGAAGAAAAGAAGAUCAUGAGAGGAGAGUUCCUUGUUAAUCAAACCACAAGUCCUUUCAGGACUAUCCAACAACUGUGGGACCAUGAAAUUUAA